GGCGCCUGGCACCAUGUGGGUCCUCGCUCCCCUGGCCUCGGCGGCGAAGCUGCUGGGCGCCUUCCGGAAGCCCCUGGGCUCCCUGUGGGGCAGCCUGGUCCCCCUGCUGCUCUGGCUCAGAGCGACCUUCUGGCUGGCGGGGGCUGACAGGGGAGAGCGGCAGCCGCCCAAGGAAGCAGCCAAGGGGACCCGAGAGGAAGGAGACAGCGGCGACGAGCCCCUCGUCCCCACCAGCGUCAACUACCACUUCACCCGCCAGUGCAACUACAAGUGCGGCUUCUGCUUCCACACCGCCAAGACGUCCUUCGUUCUGCCCCUGGAGGAGGCGCAGAGGGGCCUGCGGCUGCUCAAGGAGGCCGGCAUGGAGAAGAUCAAUUUCUCGGGUGGGGAGCCCUUCCUCCACGACCGCGGAGAGUAUCUGGGCAAGCUCGUGCGCUUCUGCAAGCGGGACCUGCGCCUGCCCAGCGUGAGCAUCGUGAGCAACGGGAGCCUGAUCCGGGAGCGGUGGUUCGUGAACUACGGCCACUACUUGGACAUCCUGGCCGUCUCCUGUGACAGCUUUAAUGAGGACGUGAACGUCCUCAUUGGCCGCGGCCAAGGAAAGCUAAACCACGUGGAAAACCUGCGGAAGCUGCGGAGAUGGUGCAGGGACUACAGGGUGGCCUUCAAGAUCAACUCGGUCAUCAACCGGUUCAACGUGGACGAGGACAUGCAAGAGCACAUCGAGGAGCUGAACCCCGUCCGCUGGAAGGUGUUCCAGUGCCUCAUCAUCGAGGGCGAGAACGCCGGGGAGGGCGCCCUGAGAGAGGCCGAGAGAUUCGUCAUCAGCAAAGAGGAGUUCCAGGCCUUCUUGGACCGCCACCGAGGCGUGGCCUGCUUGGUGCCCGAGUGCAAUGACAAGAUGAAGGAUUCCUACCUGAUUCUGGAUGAAUAUAUGCGCUUCCUGAACUGCAGGCAGGGGCGGAAGGAUCCUUCCAAGUCCAUCCUGGAUGUUGGAGUGGAAGAAGCCAUCAAGUUCAGCGGGUUUGAUGAAGAGGCGUUUCUCAAGCGAGGAGGGAAGUACGUGUGGAGCAAGGCGGAGCUGAAGCUGGACUGGUAGGGCUGACCGCCCGGCCGCCGGCCCAGGGCCUCUGGCUCAGGCUCUGGGGGCUCUCACUGUCCGCAGCGCCCCCUGCUGGCAUGGGUCGGUGGCCCCAGGUCUGAUUUCCUGUAGUGCCUGAUAGCUGGUGACCUGCGGUCACGGAACACACACACACUUGGACAGUUGAAAUUCCUAGGUAGUAAUGCAAACCCGUGAACUUCAGUUAAUUGGCUUAUUUUACAGUUGGUUUUUCGAGUGCUGUUUCCUGGGACCCUCGUGAUUCCAUCUUGAAGCUUUUUUUCCCCUAGUUUGCUCAUUUGAUAGUCCAUUCAUUUCUGCUAAAUAUUGAGACGCCGAUUUUCACAUCUGAAAAAAAUCGCCCAAGGCCUUUCCCCAUCACUUACGUCUGUGGCAGCGCCGCCCCUCCCCUGCUCUCAUACCACUGCAAGCCUGGGCUCUGUUUCCAGAAGCUCAGAGAGCCAGUCGGCGCUUCGCAGGCUCAGAAGGGACGCUCUCAUCUGUCCUCAGGGAUUCCGGGGAAAGAGGGAGGGGCGGCCACCCACGCCGCUCUGCCCCAGCCCGGGCCCCCGCCCACUGCUCCACGAAGGCCAGCUCUCGCUCUCGCUCUCCUUUCUCUUCCAAAAUUCUUGGCAAAACCUAGAUAACACCUUUCAUUUCAUGAUGCAGUGGACCGGGGUCUGUGCUGAGCGGUUGUGUGCGUGUGUUAUUCAAGUCAAGCAGAAACUCGUGAGGGCACGUGAGCAGGCGGCCGCCCCCCUCCGCCGGGCGGGGGCGAGCGGGCCUUCGGGAGCCCGCGGCCCAGCGUGGAGGAGAGAGUGACAGGGAGCCUGGGCUGCCCUGGGCCUUAUGCCAAGGAAGGUUGGCACCGGAGCACGCUUCUCGAAGAGCUCUGAGUCACUGGAAGUCAAACACAAACGAGGUCAGGACGGCAGGGUCCGUUUUCCAGCUCUCGGAGGGAAAUUGUCACUCUGGCGGGGUCAGGGAUCCAAACCCGCCCCCGCCUUGCAGAAACGUCACCGGCAGCUUGUUUAUGGAACCGAGAUGGGGUCCCAGGGCCUGUAAAAUAAUGACUUCCUGACGUUGUUUCAAAAGGGCAAAAUCAUGGAAAAUUUUUUGGCCCAAACAAAGGAAGAGCUAUUUUAACCUGGCUGCCUCCCCGCGGCCCGUCGCUGGGUGGCGGCCCGUGCUGCCCAGUGCGCAGGCUGGCCUGCGCACAGUCCGCUUCCUCAUCUGUCUUCAAGACGUUGAUUUUGGAGGGUUUGGUUGUGUGUGUGUGUGAUUUUUUUCCCCAGAAAACAUAUUCCUACUUCACAUUUUAAGUCUCUGUAAUUCAGCUGAAGUGUUUCUGUCCACGGAGUUGUCAUACAUUCUCCGUUUUAUAAAUUGCUUGUAUACGAUUGUCCAACCACAGGAAAAAAAAACAGCAAGCAAAUAAAACAGCUGCUGGAUUAGAAGCCCUCAAUGAACGCCAAGGUUUCUAUGAAAAAAGAGGAAAAUGCAUUAGAGAAAGAGUCCCCCCUCUGGAUUUUGGUAGUAUCUAAGCUAUGACGAUGCUCCUAUAACCCACAGAAACAUAGAACAGUGUUUUCACUCGGCAUGCGUGUAUCUUGCCGAUCUUCACUGAGCUUCGCAGGAGCAAGUGCAGAAGCAAAGAGUGGGCGUGUGCGGACCCAGAAGGCGGGGCCUGGAGUGGAGAGGGACUCAGCCAGCGUUGCCCGGAACAAAAUCGGAAUCCCAGACCCACGUCCUCCGACUCAGACUGGAUUUUUCUCAAGCUGAAUGAGACUGUGUUUCUCUUUCCCCAAAGGGAAACAGAAAACAAAACAUGACAGAAAAAGCUACAUUUCAGAAAUAAGCUACUGGACUUAAAUACAUUUCCAGCUGCUUGUACCCUGCCGCUCCCCUUCCUGACACACUCAGGGUUUUCAGAGUCCCGAUGUCUAAAAUGGCCAGAUGGUCCUCUUUUCUUAAAGGGGAGAAGCAAGGACUUCCAGCUCUGCGGCACCGUGUCAGUUUAAAUUAUAGAACAUCUUGCUUUAUUUUUUUCAGUUUUACUUAGGAGUCUCUAGUUUUGUGAAAUAGGCUCUUUUUAUCGGGAAAGCAAAUGGGCGAGGUGACCGAGGCAUCUCCGUUUAAGGGUGAGGGGCUAGUGUUCUGCUCCCCUGUCGUGACUGCUUUGCCUGCCUUGUAAUAUCCCGACGAGUUUAGCCUUAGGAAACAUCAGACGUUAGUCGUAGCAUGCUGGCUUUAGGAGGGCACGCUGCCUCUGCCAUUAGCGAUAAAUGAUGUGAAACGUGCCCUUUCCCUUUCACGUGGGAACGCGGGUGAGACCGUUUGGCUGGAUCAUCUGAGAUGCAGCCUCGUGCUGGGUUCUGUCUGGAGCCUGGGAUCGCUCCGUGGGGCCGAUGCGGGGAACCGCGUUACGACUGCAGAUGAACGCAGUUGUAAGGGGGCUCUGCCCAGCGACACGACAUCGCACAGCCUGCCCGCCGCUGAAAAGUCUGCUCAAUCCGCUGUGGCUGGAGGGAGCCGGCUCGCACCCUAAGGCCGUAGGACUUUAUCUUGAGUGCGCACAGGUGGUCUGGGUUUUUGGGAAAUGUAUGUGUAUAGUUUUUCUCUGCGUCUCUUGCUCUCGUGCAUUGGUCUGAUGUUUUAUAAGAUGCUGUUAUAUAUUAAAGUGUUU